AUGACUCUCCUCACCUUCUCCGUGACGACAGGGGCCAUGGCGACAGGGGUGCUGGAGGAUAACACGGGGGUCCGCCGGGUGGUGGUGACGCCCCAGUCUCCCGAGUGCUACCCUCCCUCCUACUCUCCGGCCCUCUCCCCCACACACCACCUGCCCCCUUACCUGGCUCACCCUCACUUCAUCCCCAACUCUCACUCUUUCUACCCCCCUGUCAGCCCCGGGGAGCUGCCCCCCCACCAGUACUACCAGCACCACCUGCCCACCAUGUACGGCGAUCCAGAAAUCAUCCCAGUUUAUGGGAUGUCUAACUACAUCGGCAGAGAGGAGACGUACAGUAAGCCACAGCCCAAAAAGAUAAAGGAACAGAGGCAACUGGAGCGACAGAACCGGCUCAACUCCCCUCCCUCCACCCUCUACAAGGGCAGCCUGGGGCCGGCCCACAACGGAUACAGCAACAAAUCACACGCCCCAUCGCUCGGGUCAGUGGGGUCAGGGGGCGGACUCUGCAGUCCGGGAGGGAAGAAGCCGGAGAGACGACUCCGCAGCAGUCCACGAAACAGUGAACCAGAGACACACACACAAGAUCAUGAUUCAGAGGUGAAGCGUGUUCAAGACCUGCUGUGCACGAUCGACAAACCACAGGUGUCCAAUGUGCAGGCGCGGGCCGCGCGGCUGUCCUGGGCCCCCCCGGCGGGGCUGGUGAACAGGCUUAGCAACGGGAUGCCCGUGUCCUGCUCCUACGAGCUCUCUCUCUCGGAUAAGGGGCGAGACGGGAAGUAUCGCCUCCUCUACAGCGGCGAAGAAUUGGAGUACCACCUGAAAGACCUGAGGCCGGCGAUGGACUACCACGUACGGGUGUCGGCGAUGUACAACUCGGUCCGGGGCUCGUGUUCGGAGGCCGGCUCGUUCACCACACACUGCGGCGCCCCCGACGUCCCGUUAACCCCGAAGCUCUCCCACCGCACCAAGAGCACCCUCACCCUACAGUGGAAGCCUCCGGGCGACAACGGAUCCAAAAUCACAAACUACCUGCUCGAAUGGGACGAGGGAAAGAAGAACAGUGUUUUCAGAGAAUGUUACUUUGGGAGCCUGAAACACUGCAAGCUGACGAGGCUGUUCCCCGCCUGCGGCUACACCUUCAGAGUGGCGGCGCACAACGACAUCGGCACGAGUGGCUUCAGCACGGAGGUGGUGUUUUACACCAUGGGCACCCUUCCCGCUCUGCCGCUGGCACCGCGUCUGGUCAGGGCCGGUGUUUCCUGGGUGACCUUGGAGUGGGGGCGUCCCGAGGGCAGUCCGAGCGAGGAGCAGCUCAAAUACACACUCGAGAUCCAGGAGGACAACGGCGGAGUAGACUUUCAUCCAAAGUACACUGGAGAAAACUUGACCUGUACUGUGCAAGGCCUGAAGAGGAGGACACAGUAUAAAUUCAGGCUCAUAGCAUCAAACAUGGAGGGAAAGAGCAGUCCCAGUGAAGUGUUGGUCUGCACCACCAACCCGGACAAACCGGGCCCUCCAUCCACGCCCUGUGUCACCGCGGCGACAGCCUACGGAUUUACCAUCACAUGGGAUCCUCCCCAGGACGACGGGGGCUCGGAGGCUCUCACGUACCUGCUGGAGAUCUCCGAGGGAGACUCUGAAGCGAGCCAAUGGGAGGUAGCGUACAGCGGUCCAGCAAUAGAAUGUGUGUGUGAGCGCCUGACACCUGGGACCUUCUACCGCCUACGUGUGUGUAGCAUCACCACCGGAGGACACAGCCCGUGCACCGUUAGUGUUCCGGUCCGCACAUUAAGCGUCCCACCGGGUCCCUGCCCGCCACCGAGGAUUGUGGGUAAAGCCAAACACAAGGAAGUGCAGUUAGAAUGGGAAGCCCCGGUCUCUGAAGGAGUGUGUGAGGAGUGCGUGUUCAGUCUGGAGAUGAGCGAGGUGGACAGCGAGCCGACGGAGGUUUACCACGGGUCGGAGCUGCAGUGCACUGUGGGUAGUCUGCUGCCCGGCGCCACGUACAGCUUCCAACUGCGGGCUGCCAACGAGGCCGGGUUCGGAGCGUACUCUGAGCCAACAGAGGUGACGACUGCAGCGGGCCCUCCUGGCCAGUGCGGGGCGCCACUCGUCACUCUCACCAGUAACACCUGCGUAACGCUCAACUGGGAGAGUCCUGAGGGAUCGGGCACAGACAUCUCUGAGUAUCGUCUGGAGUGGGCGAGGGAAGACGAAGCCAUGGAGCUCAUCUACUGUGGCGCGGCCACACAGUGUGAGCUGUCCGACCUGACGCCCGCCACAGGUUUCUGCUGCAGGCUACAGGCGGUGAAUCAGGCCGGCGCCGGUCCUUACAGCGAGCAGGUGAGUUUCCGGACCCCGGCGACGAACCCCGACCCGGUCUCCUCCCUCGCCCUCCUGGACCUCCCGACCUCCUCGGAGUCGGCUCACUCCCCGUCUACCUGCCUCUUCCUGAAGUGGGACGAGCCAAACAGCAACGGGGCGGAAAUCACCUCCUACGUCAUCACCGUGGACGACCAAACCAUCGCCGUGGAGUCGGGGACCAGUCACCUCGUCGCCGGCCUGCAGCCAGACAGCGAAUACAGCGUAUUCAUCCAGGCGGUGAACGACAUCGGCUCCAGUUCCUUGAGUCCACCCUUGCUGGCGAGGACACGCCCCCUGCCUCCGGCCCCGCCCCCUCUGGAGUGCUCGGCCGCCGGCCCUCAGAGCCUGAAGCUGAAGUGGGGGGAGAACGCCAGCAACACGCACGCCCGCGCCCUGCUCGCCGACGACGUGGUCUACACACUGCAGAUGGAGGACAAGAACCACAGGUUCGUGACGAUCUACCGCGGCCCCAGCCACACCUACAAGGUGCAGCGGUUGACCGAGUCGAGCGGCUACGUCUUCAGAAUACAGGCCGUCAGCGACGCGGGGGAGGGUCCGUUCUCCGACACGCACGCCUUCUGCACCACCAAGUCCGUACCGCCGGCCCUCAAAGCUCCCAGGGUGCACCAGCUGGAGGGGAACACGUGUGAGAUCACAUGGGAGACCGUCGCACCAAUGAGAGGAGACCCCGUGAGCUACGUGCUCCAGGUGCUGGUGGGACGCGAGUCAGAGUACAAACAGGUUUUCAAGGGAGAGGAGGGCUCGUUCCACAUCUCCGGUCUCCAGGGCAACACAGACUAUCGUUUCCGCGUGGCCGCCUGCCGCCGUUGCCAGGAUACGUGCCAGGAACUCAGCGGCCCGCUGAGCCCCUCCUCCUCGUUCGCGCUGCGCCGCCAGGAGACGGCGUCGUCGGGGGAGCCGUGCGCCUCGGAGACGGGCAAAGGCGGCGGCGGCGGCGGCGGCGGCGGAUGCGCCGGCGGCCUGAUCUCCAGCGACGAGCGCUUCGCGGCGCUCAUCGUGUGCGUGUUCGCCGGCUUCUCCAUCCUCAUCGCCUGCGUGCUGCAGUACUUCUUCAUGAAGUGAGGGAAUUUUAAACUAUAGGAUAAAUAAAAUCAUCACGGAGAAACUUUAAAGAGAAAAAAGAAACAAAAUGAUAGAAACCGAAUGAAAUCAAAAACAAACACUUGAUGUACUUCUAAGGCUUUGUACGUUUUAUUUUUUUUCCUUUAUUUUUAUUUGUUAGUCAAAUUAUCGAUUCUGGCUUUUCCUCGCCUCGUCGUCGUCGUCGUCGUCGUCGUCGUCGUCGUCGUCGUCGUCGUCGUCCUCUCAGUUCGUUCUCAUUUCUCUCUUCGUCUCCGUCGUCUUCGUGCCGUCUCUUGUCGAGGUCUCGGCUGCAGCUCGGGCCGGGAAACUAAAACUGAGCCUUAAAAUAGCUUUUGAGCAAAACAAGUUGCUCCUCAAGACUGACUCGCAUGUUUUUAUCUUUUUUUUUUAACAUAUUUCAUUAGAGAACGUGUAUAUUUCUUGACAGUCAUUGCCUUAAUUUUUAUUUUAAUUUUUUUUUUAACGUGUAAUUUUCUUUUCUUUUUUUUUUUGCCGCAGUCUUUAUUCAUUUCAGCCAUAUUCCAAUGUAGGCCUAAAAAGCUUUAUUAGCCGUUCAUACCUUUUAUUAUCCAGUUUUGCUACUACUCUACAGACUGUCAGUCAAUUCAUAUCUCAUAUCUGCUCAGCUUUUAACAUUCAAUCACUCACUCAUUCAGCUACCAAAGUGAUGCAAUCCAUGUGUGGUGUAAGAUGCUGCUAUCCUGUGAUUUUAUUAUGAGAAAGAAUGGAAAACCAGUAAUCUAAUAUAUAUACACACAAUAUAAAUAUAUAUAUAUAUUAUAACAAAUAUCUAUGAUGCUAUAAAAAGUGAUGUAAUAUAAGAUGAUGGCAAUGUAAGGUCUGAAGUACAGUGUGAAAGGGGAGGAGUUUACUCUAGGGGCUCGCGAACAGCAGCUCUGAGGUCAGUCAAGUAGCUCGAAGAGGAGAACCUCCAACACUAUGAACCCUCGUAGGUAUUUGAAUUGUUGGCUCCAGCAUUUAGGAAGCCGGGCUGGGGGUUGAGAUGGGCUGCGACUUCACAGGGGAGGGGCCGGGCUGAGCAUGUGAUUGGCCCUGACGGGGAAGGGCCGGGGUCAGAGCCGAGCAUUGUG